AUGGUUUGGGGUAUGAUUCCAGGCGACACCGGUGUUGGUGCAGACUCAGUCUGGGAUGAAGCUGAUACUUCCUUAUCUCCACAUAUCAGGAACAGCCCUGGAAAGGACUGCGACUUGGUGGAUGGGGUCAAUUCAUGGAACGUGGUCUGCUCAGUGGUUUCCAAACCAGCCCUUGUAGGGAAUAAAGAUCUAGGUGAUGAGCACACCAACAAUAUCAUGGGUAGUUCAAGAAGCAGGUCAUUCACCCCCACACUUUUGUUCCUGUUGGUGACAAGCUUUGAACUCGGUACCUCUCAGACUUACGAGAACGCAAAGGCUAUCUUUGACGACAAGAUGAGCAGCGCGAGCUACCAUACAGAGCGUCUGAUGUGGGACGAGACCUUGUACGGGGGCAUGAGAGAAAUCCACCCACAGACCAAGAACAUCUGGAAGCCGCGAGUUGUGCUCCUCAACACUUUGGGGGAUCGGGACCUCUUUGAGGACGACCACGCGCCUGUCUCCGUCACAUCAGACGGCUAUGUAUUCUGGGCUCCGGGCAGCAUCUUCCCAACCUCCUGUUCCUUAGAUAUGACCAACUUCCCCUUUGACAAACAGAGAUGCUUCAUUGAGAUGAUUUCAAUGGGUCUACCAUCCUCGGAGCUUAUUUUCACAAAUCGGGAGGAGGAAGUUUUACAAAACUUUUACGUACAGAAUGGAGAGUGGGAACUAGUGAAUGGCAGCCUUAGGGCCGGGGACGUCAUAGUUUCUUCUACUUCACUGCCAGGUAUCCAGUUACAGUUCGUCCUCAAACGACGCCCAACCUUUUUCUUGUUGAACAUUCUUCUACCAGUGGUCUUUCUGUCGCUCCUCAAUAUCCUCGUGUUCAUCAUCCCAGUGAACUCCGGGGAAAAGAUCAGUUAUGGAAUCACAGUCCUGCUGGCCGUGUCUGUAUUUCUGAGCAUCGUAAGCUCCAUAUUGCCCCGCUCCUCCGACAAAGUGCCUUCUGUCACCAUCUACCUCUUCAUCCUCCUCAUCCUCUCAUCCCUUACCGUUAUCGACAGUAUCUUCAUCGUCUAUCUCAGUCACCAGGAGCAGGAGAAGGAGAAGCAAAUCAAAGCACGAGAGAAAUUCCAUAGCGCUUUCAACAGAGUGAAGCUCAUGCAACGAUCGGUGGCUCCCAUGCAAGAUCGCCCAUCCCUCGGGAACAUGUUUGGGUUCGACCCCAAAAGGCCGGCCUCGGCUGGCAGCGACCAAAGGCUCAGACCGGCUACUGCCGAGAACGGCAAUGCGAAAAGCAAACGUAACUCUGUCGAUCCUUUAUCGUGUCUAGAAGAAGCAGAGGAAUCUUCGAGUGAUCAAAACGACGAAAUACAUUGA